AGCGUGCGCCGCUGGCCAGGUCCGCAAUAGUGGGGUGUGCGUCACGGUCUGCGCCGCCCGCGGAGCCAGGACGGGACAGAGCUUCCGCCUGGGCUGGGGUUGGCGAGUUCACCCGCGGCAUAGGGUAACUUUGCUGUACUGUUUUUUGAGCAGUUGUGUGGUCCCUGGAAGUGUAUCGAGAGAGUUUUCUAAUUCCGUUUACAAAAUAUCUUCCCUUUGGCCAUACAAGUGGUGACUGCCAUGUCGAACUCGCGGCCCAGGUCCCGCCGAGACGCCGGGGGUGGCGCUGGGGCAGCCGGCCGGGACGAGCUGGUGUCGCGGUCUUUGCAGAGCGCAGAGCACUGUCUGGGCGUCCAGGACUUCGGCACUGCCUAUGCCCACUACCUCCUCGUGCUCAGCCUGGCGCCGGAGCUGAAAGACAACGUGAAGGAAACUUUUCAGUACACACUUUUCAGAUGGGCUGAAGAGCUUGAUGCUCUCAAUCGGAUACAAGACUUACUUGGUUGCUAUGAGCAGGCCUUGGAACUGUUUCCUGAUGAUGAAGUGAUUUGCAAUAGUAUGGGGGAGCAUCUCUUCAGAAUGGGCUUUAGGGAUGAAGCAGCUGGGUAUUUUCAUAAAGCAGUGAAGCUAAACCCUGAUUUCAGUGAUGCAAAGGAGAAUUUUUAUCGUGUUGCAAACUGGUUGGUGGAACGCUGGCACUUUAUCAUGCUUAAUGACACCAAGAGGAAUACAAUUUAUAAUGCAGCAAUCCAAAAGGCAAUUUGUUUGGGGUCCAAAAGUGUUUUGGACAUUGGAGCAGGAACUGGAAUACUAAGCAUGUUUGCUAAAAAAGCUGGAGCACAUUCCGUGUAUGCCUGUGAGUUAUCCAAGACCAUGUAUGAACUUGCCUGUGAUGUCGUGGCAGCAAACAAGAUGGAAGCAGGGAUCAAACUCUUACAUAUGAAGUCACUUGACAUAGAGAUUCCAAAACAUAUUCCCGAAAGAGUAUCCCUAGUUGUAACAGAAACUGUCGAUGCAGGUUUAUUUGGAGAAGGAAUUGUGGAGAGUUUGAUUCAUGCAUGGGAGAAUUUACUUUUACAGCCAAAGACCAAAGGUGAAAGUGCUAAUUGUGAAAAGUAUGGGAAAGUUAUACCAGCAAGUGCCGUUAUAUUUGGGAUGGCAGUAGAAUGUGCAGAGAUAAGAAGACAUCAUAGAGUGGGUAUUAAGGACAUUGCUGGUAUCCAUUUGCCAACAAAUGUGAAAUUUCAGAGUCCGGCUUAUUCUUCUGUAGAUACUGAAGAAACAAUUGAACCUUAUACAACUGAAAAGAUGAGUCAAGUUCCUGGAGGAUAUUUGGCUUUGACAGAGUGCUUUGAAAUUAUGACAGUAGAUUUCAACAACCUUCAGGAAUUAAAAAGUCUUGCAACUAAAAAGCCUGAUAAGAUUGGUAUUCCUGUUAUUAAAGAAGGCAUACUAGAUGCUAUUAUGGUUUGGUUUGUGCUCCAGCUUGAUGAUGAACAUAGUUUAUCCACAAGUCCUAGUGAGGAAACAUGUUGGGAACAGGCUGUCUACCCCGUACAGGACCUUGCAGACUACUGGAUAAAGCCUGGAGACCAUGUGAUGAUGGAAGUGUCUUGUCAAGACUGUUACUUAAGAAUCCAGAGUAUUAGUGUCUUGGGUUUGGAAUGUGAAAUGGAUGUUGCAAAAAGUUUUACCCAGAAUAAAGACUUGUUAUCAUUAGGAAAUGAGGCUGAACUUUGUAGUGCCCUCGCUAACCUUCAGACCAGUAAACCAGAUGCUGUAGAGCAGACAUGUGUAUUGGAAUCUACAGAAAUUGCUUUGCUUAACAACAUCCCAUAUCAUGAAGGCUUUAAAAUGGCAAUGAGCAACGUUUUGUCUUCACUGACUCCAGAGAAACUGUAUCAGACCAUGGAUACUCACUGUCAGAAUGAGAUGAGCUCUGGAACUGGACAGAGUAAUACUGUACAGAACAUCCUUGAACCUUUCUACGUGUUAGAUGUGUCUGAAGGCUUCUCUAUUCUGCCUAUUAUUGCUGGCACACUUGGGCAGGUUAAACCAUACAGUUCUGUGGAAAAAGACCAGCAUCGUAUUGCUCUGGACCUCAUAUCUGAAGCCAAUCACUUUCCUAAAGAAACACUUGAGUUUUGGCUGAGACACGUGGAGGAUGAAUCUGCUAUGUUACAAAGGCCAAAAUCAGACAAGUUAUGGAGCAUAAUUAUAUUGGAUGUCAUUGAGCCAUCUGGGCUCAUUCAGCAGGAAAUAAUGGAAAAAGCUGCAAUAUCCAGGUGUUUACUACAAUCUGGAGGCAAGAUCUUUCCUCAGUAUGUGCUGAUGUUUGGGUUGCUUGUGGAAUCACAGACACUCCUAGAGGAAAAUGCUGUUCAAGGAACAGAACGUACUCUUGGAUUAAAUAUAGCACCUUUUAUUAACCAGUUUCAGGUACCUAUACGUGUAUUUUUGGACCUAUCCUCAUUGCCCUGUAUACCUUUAAGCAAGCCAGUGGAACUCUUAAGACUAGAUUUAAUGACUCCAUAUUUGAACACUUCUAACAGAGAAGUAAAGGUAUACAUUUGUAAAUCUGGAAGAGUGACUGCUAUUCCAUUUUGGUAUCAUAUGUACCUUGAUGAAGAGAUUAGGUUGGAUACUUCAAGUGAAGCCUCCCACUGGAAACAAGCUGCAGUUGUUUUAGAUAAUCCCAUCCAGGUUGAAAUGGGAGAGGAACUUGUACUCAGCGUUCAGCAUCACAAAAGCAAUGUCAGCAUCACAGUAAAGCAAUGAAGAGCAGUUUUCCAAUGAAAACUGUGUAAAUAGAGCAUCAACAAGUACAAAAUUCUUGUCUUAAUUAGUGGGGGUAUAUAAAAAUUCCUUGUAAUGGUCAAAUAUUUUUAAAAAUUGACAUUAAUAAAGCAUAUUUUAAAAGAUUCUAAAUAAAAGAGUAGCAUUAUUAUAGAAAUACUGCUGCAGAUUUGCUUUCUGGAAAAGGAUACAUCACUAGUUUUUUAAAUUAGGAAACUUCUUUUGCUCGAUUUUACGGAAUAGGGAUUCUAAAAGUCUUAUCGUUAUUGACAUGUGUCAGUAAGUAAAGCAAAACUUUACUUUUGUAGGCAUCUUGGCCUUUUUUUUUAAAAUCCAAACUUGUAAUUGGGAAACACUGAAAGACUGAGGGUUAUGGUUACCUGUAAAUUCCAGUCUUGCUUCCUUUAAAUACUCAGCGUACAUCUGAAACAUCUCAGGUUUUGUUUUGAGAAUGCAAGCUUGAAAAAGAAUUUAAGCUAUAAGCUAAAUGUAAUUAAAACAGUAAAGGAGUUAGGGAAUAAAUCUUCAGGAGGCAGCAUUUUUCUUGGUCUACUUUGGCAAAAGAACAUUUAAAAGCUGGUAACAAAACAAAGUUAAAUUGAAGACAGACUUACUCCUAUACUAUUUUUCAAAGUUUUGAUUUGGAUGCACAGUAAGUACAUUAAUUGACCCAAAUUUUACAAACUUUUGAAAUAGAUUAAGGAAGAUCCUUAUUAUGCCUCCUA